AUGGCCACACGGACAUCUUCACGCCCUGCUGCCCAGAAGGCCAAGGAAGCCAUUUCAAGUUCCGCCGAGCCUACUAGCAAGACCACCAAGGGAACAAAGCGGAAAGGUUCAACCGAAGAGGCUCCACAGCCCAAAAAGGAGAAAAUAGAGGAAACAACGCCAGAAGGAGAGAAAGUAGAGCAGGUACCAGGCGCAUUGGCAGCCGGUUCAGUACCGAAAACAGAGGAAGCACCCGUCAAGACAGAACAAUCAUCCGAAGAACAACCGUCAAAGGAGCAUCCCGCUGAGAUCCCUCCAGAAAAACCUCAAGAAGUUGAGGGAGGUCUGCACAAGUCCGAGGAGAGGGAAAAUGUGGUAUCCUCAAACAUCCUCGAAAAAGGCUUUAUCUACUUUUUCUUCCGCCCACGCGUCAACACAGAGGACCCCCAGAGCAUGGGCGACGUCGCGCGAAGCUUCUUUGUCCUCCGUCCAACGGUCCUUGGGGCAAAAUUUGACGAAGGACAAGGCCCUGUUGACGAAGACGCCUCCUGUCGCUUGCUGAUCCUUCCAAAAAAAAAGUUUCCAACUUCGCCCAAAGAACGAGACAUGGGAUUUGUGGAGAAGGCUGGCCAAUCUAUGCAAGCUCUCCAUGAUAAUUUCAUCACCGGUAAGACUUACCAGACUUCUACCCGAGGGGAACGUCACACCGAGGAAGCCAGACCCUACGCAGAAGGUGUCUACGCGAUCACCUCCACCCAGCGAGCAUCCCAUCUCGCCUAUAUCCUGACCAUCCCUGCCGAGAUAGGUGAUAUCCAGGAGGACUUUGGCCUGCAACCACGCGGGAGUUGGAUUGUUCAAUCAAAGAGCCCCAAGUUCGCUGGUCCACCGGUGGGUCAAUUACCAAAAAACCCAGAAUAUCCUCAAUCGGUGCUGGACAAGUUCGAAGAUCUUAGAUGGGUGCCUCUGCAGCCCGAGUUCCUGGACUAUCCUAACGCUCAAUUCCUCAUGAUUGGCGAGGCGCAGAAUGACCUUGGCAAGGCUGCAUUUGCUAUGGGUGGUAAACAGCCGCAUGAGGAAGAGCCUGGUCAAGAACUGGAGAAAAUGUCAGACGAGAAUGAGCAUCGGGUUGAUGCUCUCAAAGGAGAUGAAACUGUCUUUGAAGAUCUGGGCUACCAUGCGAAGAUUUAUCCCAAAGUGCCCACAACUUGGAACAGUUGA